AUGGAUCUGCUCCAGUGUGACCUCUCGCAGACUGCUCUGCUGCUGUGGCUCAAGGGACUCCUCUGGUGGGAUGUCUGUGUGGGCCAGCGUGUGGUCCAGAUGCAGGAGGGUCCACUGUACCGGGUGAGGGGCUACCCCGUGAGCAUCUCCUGCAAUGUCAGCGGGUUUGGCGGCGCCCCUGUGCAAAACUUUGGUUUCUCCAUCUACAAACCCACCAGGCCAGACAUAGAGAUCAAGAUCAUUAGCACGUAUGAUCAGAACUUUGCAUAUGCCGUGUACUCCAAAAGGGUGAGGGAGAAGAAAAUUGAAAUCAAGCGCUUAACAGGAUCGUCUGUGCAGUUGCACAUAAAAACACUGGAGGAUGAUGAUACCGGAGAGUAUGAAUGCCAAACGCCCAACACGGAUGGGAGGUAUCUUGGAAGCUAUUUUGCCAAAACCCAACUAAAUGUGGUCCAGGACACCCUUAGCGUGUCUUCGAAUUCUGCAGUCCUCACCAAGACUGAAGGAGAUCCCCUAAAGAUGGAGUGUGAAGUGUCCAGCCAGACCUUCCAACACACCCACCUGUCUGUCACCUGGUUCCUGCGUAGGGACAAGUCGAGUGAGCCUCAACGCAUAAUCUCGCUGAACCGGGACUUCACCCUGAGGCCCGGUGAAGGUUUCAAGGACCGCCACCGUUCCGGCCUCAUGGGCCUGGACAAGCUGGAGGAGACCACUUACAGGCUGAGCAUCUCACAGCUUCAGACAUCUGACCAAGGCAGCAUCUACUGUGAGGCCAGCGAGUGGAUCCAGGAUCCAGACCGCUCCUGGUACAGGAUUGCUUAUAAAUCUACUGAGGUGUUCACUCUCCAGGUCCGAUCCAGAGAUGUACCCGUGGACCGUGAUUUGUUCAACACCCUCAUUGAGGUCCCAAAAAGUACCUUGCAAGAGGGAAAUGCCCUGGAGAUAAAGUGCAUAGUGGAAGCCCAGAAUGUUCUGGACAGCUACUUCUCUGUGGCCUGGCUGAAGGACGACAAGGAGGUGGCCAGGUUUGGGCCCACGGGAGUCCCAUCUGUCAGGAUGAGCCAGACGCAGAGAGAGAGCAAGGGAGAGUUGAAGGUCAUCAAGAAGAGCAACAGGGACUACCUGCUCAUCAUCCAGCCAGUCCAUGUAGAAGAUGCAGGGAGUUACCAGUGCCGAGUCUGGAAGGAGGAGAAGACUGCUGGGUUUACACCAGGACAGAGCUACGAGUCCAAUGUGGAGCAUGUCACCAUUGCUGUUACCAACAGUAAGUUGGCCGUGUCCACGCCAAACAAGGCCUUGACUGUGACUGAGGGAGACAUGCUGCGGGUCAUCUGCCGAGUGUCAGGAACCAGCCGACUGCUUUCCAUCACCUGGCAGCACAGAUUCGGUCAGGGCUCCUAUAGCAACGUGGUCAGCCUGAACCAGGGCGGUGUGAUGGAGGUGGGGAUGCGGUACCGCCAGCGAGCAGAAGUGGGCGACGUGCGGGUGCUCCACAUCAUGCCAGACUCCUUCAUGCUGGAGAUAGCCAACACCAUGCUCUCCGACAGUGGAGUCUACAAGUGCACAGUUUCUGAGUGGGUGGAGGCCACUGGCAAUGUAGAGAAGACAGAUAGCAAAUCUGAGGAGAUGACUGCUGACGUGCGCUCUCUGGAUUCUGUUCUAUGUGUGGAUUUAAAAAGCCGUACCGUAAGAGUGACAGAAAAUGAGAAAAUAGAGUUGUUCUGCACAGUGAAGGGACCAAAGGUUCCCUUGUCGGUGACUUGGAAAUUCAAACACCCCACCUGGCCAUCCCAAGAGGAGAUUGUCUCUCUCUUCCACACUGGUAUCAUCACCUGGUGGAAGGAGAGAUGGAACUACCAGUUGUGGACGCAGGUACAGCCUGGUGAAGCCAGCUAUGUUCUCCAGGUCUUCAGAGCCAGCCGGCUGGAGGGUGGAAUGUACCAGUGUGUUGUGGAGGCCUUCCUGCGGGAAAACCAGCGAUUGCUGAAAAUAUCCAAUGAGCUAGCAGUGAAUGUUCAAAGGCCAGACAGCAGGUUGUCCAUCUCCAUGGGCCCCAAGUCUCCAGUGAAGUGCUACAUCGGUGCAGACAUACGGAUCCAGUGCAACGUCCUCAUCGCCACAUCAAACUCCAGCCACUUUGCUGUGUCCUGGCUUUUCCAGCGCAAGGGGGAGGGUAACCACACCAUCCUGAGCGCAGAUCGGGACUCCAUUGUAGUAUCAGGGGCGGGGAAGAGAUAUAGCCUGAGGAGGCAGGGGGCACAGUCCUAUGAGCUGCUGCUACAGAGGAUGGAGACUGGCGAUAGCGGGCAGUACUAUUGCCAGGUGGAGGAAUGGCUGCAGGACACCCAUGGUGAAUGGUACUCACUGUCACCAAAGUCUGCCAUGCUGGAGCUCGCUGUUGUCGCCAAACAGAGCAUCUUCAGUGUUGUGAAAGAUGGGUCAGAAGUCAGAGUUCCAGAGGGUGGGCAGGUGAACAUCAACUGCACCCUAGGCCCUGGCAGUGGCAUGCCCUCAUCUCAAUACUCCGUCACCUGGUUCUUCUCCCCAGCUGGCUCCUCUGACAGGGUGGCGCUGGUGCAGUUUGAUCACAAUGGUGUGCUGGAGCAGAGGGGCUUGACUACAGAGCUCAUGAAGAGGGCACACUUCCACAGGCACACCCCACAUACCUUUGGCCUGACCAUUCAGAACGUAGACGUGGAUGACAGCGGCUGCUACUCCUGCCAGGUGGACGAAUACCAGCUCAACUGCGAGGGCAGCUGGCUGCAGACGGCCACCGACCAGUCUGGAGCCACCAACAUCACUGUCUUUCAAACUGGAACCAUGACGCUAUAUGAAGACACAUACUCUUUGGGAACGUUGCCAGUCUUGCUAGUCAUCCUCAUCCUUGUGCUGACCAUGGCAGUCGGGGCUUUGUUGUACAAACUGUGGAGGGCAUCAAACCAGUCUGGUCUGGGUAAGAAAAAGCCAGCAGACUCUCUGUGGGCCAAGGGAACCCCACUGAAGCCCCAGCCGGAGGCAUAAAUGGUGGGGUACUCACUGCACAGGGAGGACACAGAGCCACCACAUCACAA